GUGUGCCCCGUGCAGCUUUACGCUGAGCACAAGGCAUACAGAUGUAAAUUUAAUCCAGGCAACGGCCAGAGCUGUCAAGUGAAUAUGAGGUUGCCCUUUUGCUAACAUGCAGUAGUAUUCAGUAGAAUAUUCAGCAGACGGGGCAACUAUCAAGGCGGACUCAGAAGGGGAGAUGAAUACCUCCCGGAACUGUGUUUAUUCUCUUCAUCUCUUUGUGUGGAUCUAUGCGUUUCCACUGUUAAAGCUUGGCAGCAAAAGGUUUUAUCUCUAGCACUGAGCUCAGCUUUAAAAGGAAAUUGCAAUACUCUAAAUCUGCCUAUCAGCCUCUGAUGAGCCUCUGAUUAAAGCCAAAGGAGGACACCCGGAUGAAUCAAGGAAGAACUUGCAGAGUGAAAUUCACAUGAGCGCUUUUCUUUUUUUUUUUUUUUUUUUUUUUUUUUGGGACUGUGGUUUUUAGAUUUAGAUUUUUCUUUUAUUUAUAGCUUUGUACUGGACCUGCGUUUUAUGUAUCUGAAGUCUGCAGUGAUUGCACAUUUGUUUCUCACACCAGCUGAGACAGAGAUGCUGUAAUGUUGUGCUUGGAUUUGGACUUCCUUUGAGAGGAUUUUGUUUUCACCUGAUCAGCAGUCCUUCACUGUUUGAAUACAUUCUGAUCUGCCCUCCCACCCUUCUGCCCCUUUUUUCUGAACAUUGUCAGCUGGUUAGUCACUUUAGUAACUGGGUAGUGAUUUCUAACGGAGGAACAGUGUGUGAGACUGGAUUUGGAGUAGUUGCCUCCUACAGACUGAACUGCCUCAUGCUCAUUAGAGGAUCCUCAGACUUCGCACCUCUGGGAGUUUGUCUUAACUGAUUUAACCAGAGGAAAGUUUAAGUAUCUGCAUUUGGGACGGCCGGCCAAAAGCCAGGAUGCAGGUGUCAUUAGUGUGCACUGACCACCGUGGGGGGGUGAGCCGCGCCACAGAGGACCGGCUAAACCGACAGAAUGCCAACAGCCCCAACACAGGCACCCGCAGCAAGUUCAGAGCAGUGGCGAUGGUGGCUCGCAGUCUUGGACAACUCUCUGUUCAGAGUGUGCCUUCCUCCAGCGAGCAAAGCAUGAGGACUGGCAUGAAGUAUAGAAACCUUGGGAAGUCGGGCCUGCGGGUCUCCUGCCUUGGAUUAGGAACAUGGGUGACGUUCGGUGGACAGAUAACUGAUGAGAUGGCAGAACAGCUGAUGACUCUGGCCUAUGAAAAUGGCAUUAAUCUGUUUGACACAGCAGAGGUCUACGCUGCUGGCAAGGCAGAGGUGGUGCUCGGAAACAUCAUAAAGAAGAAAGGAUGGAGACGUUCAAGCCUGGUGAUAACAACAAAGAUCUUCUGGGGUGGAAAAGCGGAGACUGAAAGAGGUUUAUCCCGAAAACACAUUAUAGAAGGUUUAAAAGCCUCUCUAGAAAGACUGCAGUUAGACUAUGUGGAUGUGGUUUUUGCGAACAGACCAGACCCUAAUACACCUAUGGAAGAAACGGUUCGAGCAAUGACCCAUGUGAUAAACCAAGGCAUGGCCAUGUACUGGGGAACAUCCCGCUGGAGCCCGAUGGAAAUAAUGGAAGCAUACUCUGUGGCACGACAAUUCAACCAGAUUCCUCCCAUCUGCGAGCAGGCUGAGUACCACAUGUUCCAGAGAGAGAAGGUGGAGGUGCAGCUACCGGAGCUCUUCCAUAAGAUAGGUGUAGGGGCCAUGACGUGGUCACCACUGGCAUGUGGGAUCAUCUCAGGGAAAUACGACGGCAGGGUUCCUCCAUACUCCCGGGCCUCUCUGAAGGGUUACCAGUGGUUGAAGGACAAGAUCUUGAGCGAGGAGGGCCGGCGUCAGCAGGCGAAGUUGAAAGAGCUGCAGGCAAUCGCGGAGCGGCUGGGCUGCACACUGCCCCAACUCGCCAUCGCGUGGUGCCUACGGAACGAGGGGGUGAGCUCUGUCCUUUUAGGGGCGUCCAACACCGACCAGCUGAUGGAGAACAUAGGAGCGAUACAGGUUCUUCCAAAGUUGUCAUCAUCCAUCACACACGAGGUGGACAGCAUCCUGGGGAACAAGCCGUACAGCAAAAAGGACUACCGCUCCUAACGCGCAGCACGGCCCUGCCCGGCAGGGCUGCACCCGGGCUGCAGCCGCAGAGCCCCACCUUUGCCUGAUCCUCUGUUUGCUUGAGCUUUUACUAAGUGAGACCCUGGCGCAUGAGUCUGGCCACACCAAGGCCACCCAGGGCACCUCAUUUAGAGUUACGGGGAUAAGAUAAGGAAAGGGGGGGAAAAAAAUACAGUCACCUCCACAGGAAAGGAAGGGAAGAAAGACAAAAGUGGAAGAGAGGUUAGGGAUAUGCGCUCAUACUUAAAUCAGUUAUACAUUCAAUUCAGCUGAACGUAUUUUAAAAACGUAUAAAAAAAAAAAAAACCUUUUAAAAAAAA